AUGUCGAACGAAGACCAUACAAGUGAUGACUUGAUGGCAGAUGCGGCUCAAUCCGCCAUCGCUAUCAAAUAUCCCACCUCCCCAUCACUGCAAACUCCUCGAAGGAGCUCCCUGUCUCCAGUCAAGACCGACAGAGCUCUGAAGGAUUCAAUCAAUAUCGCAAUCUACGAGCUCGUCAAAGAUCACGGAGACUGGACAUGGCAAAUGAUUGCGAACGAAGUCAACGCCCAACUGAACCUAUCUACAAAGACAGUUUCCUAUCAGUCCGUGUCCCAGCGAUAUAGUCGCACUGUUGCUGCAUACGAUGACCUCACGCCACAUGAAUUUGAGGCUAUGCGUCGUGAUACUCAGGCCACUGGUGCGGUAGUACAGCAGCAGCAGCUUGCUGAAUUGGUGAACAGACCUGUGGUAGUCGUUGAUGUAAGGAACACUCAAUGGCAUGAUGUCGCUGACUUCGUUAAUAUCCGGCUGUUCGAUGCCAAGGAACACUUGAGUGCGGCGGAGGCACAAAGCAUUGCAGAAGGCAGCUCCAACGUCCGAUAUCAUCGCCUCGUGGCAGCAGCGGUGGCCAGACAACACGAUAAGUAUUGGCAGGAUGUGGCGGAUCUCGUGAAUUUUCAAUUGGAGGCCAUUCGGGAUGGCAAGUUGAGUGCUGAGCAGGUGGAGGAAAUCGCGUCUCGGAAGGACUAG